UCAAUGCAGAUCCUCAAACCUGCCGGCUUCGUGGACACAUCACACUAUCCUGUGCUCCUGUUGGUCGAUGGGACACCUGGUGGUCAGACGGUGGCGGAGCAGUUCCACUUAGACUGGGCCACAGUGCUGGUGAGCAGCUUCGGAGCGAUUGUGGUGCGCUGUGACGGACGAGGUAGUGGCUUCAAGGGCACCAACCUGCUGCACCGGAUCCAGAAUAAACUGGGGUUGUAUGAGGAACAGGAUCAGAAGGCAGCACUCAAUUUUAUUUUGAAAGAGUCCUAUGUUGACAAAACCAGAGUUGGAGCUUUUGGAAAGGUAAGAAUAGUCUUUGUGUGAAAAUAUAAUCAUGCAUGUCUUCGUUAAUAUCCAGGUUGUACUAUUUGUUCUUGGGGUUUUACUUCAGGAACAAAAUAUGUUGCAGCAUUUCCAAAACAAAAUUAUUCCACAUGCAUAAGUAAAAGUAUCGCAGU